AAAGUUCUAGCCACUCUUCAUAUGUGUUUCUUACUGAUCUCUCUCGGAUUUUAACAUGGGCGCUUCCCAGUCUGAACGAGUGCAUGUUUUCCAAGAUCUCGCUGAUAAAACCGGCUUUUCCACUGAGCAAGUCCAAAAUCUCCAUGACAGAUUUAUGUACCUGACACAAGAUGAGGACACUUUAAGACGAGAACACUUUGACAGUAUUAGUUAUUUGGCUUUCAACCCAAUCCGAAGACAGAUCAUUGAGGCGUUCUUUGAUAAAAGGAACUUGGGUCAGAAUGAGGCAGGCUGUCUGCAGGAAAUCGGAUUUGAGGAAUUCCUGACCAUCCUGGCCUUCUUCAGACCACCCAAACCACAUGCUACUGAAGAGGAGAUAGAAAACAUCAGGAGAGCCAAAUUGCGCUUUCUAUUCAACAUGCAUGACACCGACAAUGAUGGCAUUAUCACAUUGGACGAAUAUAGACUUGUGGUGGAGAAGCUGCUGUUCAGCUAUGAAACUAUAGACACAGAAAACGCCAAGGCUAUUUCAGAUGCUGCAAUGCUGGAAGUUGCAAGUGUCACAGUGGGUCAGAUGGGUCCAGAUGAAUUUUAUGAGGGAAUAACCUUUGAGCAUUUCCUGCAGAUUUUAAAAGGCGUAGAGAUCGAGACCAACAUGCACAUUCGCUUUCUGGACACAACGACAAUGCAAUGUUUCAAAAAAGAGUAAUUUGCUCUUUAGAAGAGCACAAUGUCUUUAUUUGAGAAAUAAACAUCUCAAAUCGGCCCCACAAGUGCCUGAGAAUUUCAACCCUUAGUACUGAAUAUACUUUCUCUGAUACGUCUUAUAUGUUCAAGAUACCGAGGAAGUGAAACUGAUAUGCUCUAAUGACAACAUGUCACAGUGAAUCCAGACCUCAUGGGCCAAAUGUGUUUGUAUACAAAAUGUUUUUGGGACAAAUGUAUGUAAAAAUGUAUGAAUGUCAUUGCAUCAGAUUACAAAAUAUCAAACCAAGUGGGAUUCACAAAAAAAAAAAAAAAAAAAAAAAAAAAAAGCACAAGCACUAAUUUCAAUUAAAACAUUUCACUAAAAAGUCGUUUGUUGGGUUUUAAAUGAUAAAACAAUAGAUAUACUGUUUAAUAUUAAAAAUUUAAAAACUAAUUGGACACUUUCUGGUUGUCAAACAUAGUGGAACAUUUUCAUAGUCAAUGUGAUGAACCACAUGUGGUUACUCUGCUAGGACACCUGUGUGAACUUGAGGGGAACAGACUUCAUACACAAUAUCCACUAAAAAUCAUUUUGACACUAGUUGGUUAAAAGUAAUUGGCUAAGAACAGUUAAAUGGCUAGUAAAAGUAAAGUUAAUUCUGGGAACAGCUCAUUUAUUGGUAGAUGCCACUUGGUUUGAUAUUUUGUAAUCUAAUGCAAAGACAUUCACAAAUUUUUAAAUCUGCUUAAAGGGAUAGUUCACCCAAAAAUGUAAAUUCUCUCAUCAUUUACUAACCCUCAUGCCAUCCAAGAUGUGUGACUUUAUUUCUUCUGCUGAACACAAAAAAAAGACUUUUAGAAGAAUAUCUCAGCUCUGUAGGUCCAUGUAAUGCAAAUAAAUGGUGGCCAGAAAUUUUAAAGUCCAAAAAGCACAUAAAGGCAGCAUAAAAGUAAUCCACAUGACUCCAGUGGUUUAAUCCAUGUCUUCAGAAGAGAUAUGAUAGGUGUGGGUGAGAAACAGAUCAAUAUUUAAGUCCUUUUUAACUAUAAAUCUCCACUUUCACUUCCACGUCCUUCUUUUGUUUUUGGCAAUUUGCAUUCUUCGUGCCACCACCUACUACGCAGGGAGGAGAAUAUAUAUUAGAAAAAGGACUUAAAUAUUGAUCCGUUUCUCACCCACACCUAUCAUAUCGCUUCUGAAGAAAUGGAUUUAACCACUGGAGUCGUAUGGAUUACUUUUAUGCUGCCUUUAUGUGCUUUUUGGACCUUCAAAGAUCUGGUCACCAUUAACUUGCAUCGUAUGGACCUACAGAGCUGAGAUAUUCUUCUAAAAAUCUUCAUCUUCGUGUUCUGCAGAAGACAGAAAGUCUUAGACACCUAGGGUGGCAUGAGGAUGAAUAAAUGAUGAGAGCAUUUUGGGGAAACUAUCCCUUUAAGUGUCCAAGUGUACUACUUUAUAUUGAGCCACUGGAUGUAUAUAUGAGAAUGAGUCUUGUGAUUGUAAAUUUCCAUUCUUCACAAAAUGGACAUUGUGAUAAUGGUAGAACUCUUUGCAUAGUCAACAAUCUUUUGUAUUUUAAAUAAAGCAGUGCUAUUUCUGAAACAAUCCACACCCUCCAAUAAGUUAAUGAGUCAACAUGCCUUAUCUUAUCAGUUAGCUCUAAAACAACAAGGACCUGUUCUUUUACAUGCCAAGCCUCUCAUUACAAUGAAAUGCAUUCCAUUUACCAAACAGAAUUUUUUUUUUUUUUUUUUACAUUAUUGCCAAGUUAAAUCCCCACAAAUGUAACUAAAUCUUUUCUUUAUUUUGAAGAUAAUAAAAUGCUGAUAGUUUUAGACAUUG